CAGUAUUAAUGAUAACAACGGGUCAGCGUGGUAAAGUUUCAGUCCAAGAAGACGUCACCCUGUGAAAGAAACUAAUAGCAUCACCAUAGCCAUUACUCUAGUUCCAAAGAACGGAGAUCCCCCUUUGAAAUUUAGCCAUGAAAAGCGACCCUAUUUAAAUCAUGCCACUCCUCACAAUUUUUCUCCAUCAUGUCCUCAACCUCGCCAUGGACACAAGCACCACCAUCUCAGACAAUAAAAGCCCUGUUAAAGGCUACAUCCUCCUCGCCGUUAAUGGCCUCUUUCUCACUCUUGGAGGAGGCUGUGCCCCCCUUGUGUCGCGCAUCUACUUCUUACAUGGUGGACAACGCAAGUGGUUCACUGCCUGGAUCCAAACAGCCGCAUGGCCCCUCCUCCUGAUCCCUCUUUCUCUCCCUAAAUUUUUCAGCAAAAAGCUUCAAUCUCAACAGGAAAAAUCUCAUCUCACCUUCCCCUUGGCCCUCCAAAGCGCGGGAAUCGGCCUCCUUAUCGGCCUCGACGACUACAUGUACGCCUUCGGCCUCUCUUACCUCCCGGUUUCGACCUCGUCUCUCCUUCUCUGCACACAACUAGCAUUCACGGCUCUCUUUGCGUUCGUGCUGGUUCGCUACAGGUUCACCGCCUACUCGAUCAAUGCAGUGGUGUUGCUUACCUUGGGACCAGUGUUGUUAGGGCUCGGGGCUCGGGGCGACAGGCCGGAGGGCGUGAGCGGUGCGAAAUAUGCAUUAGGGUAUGUGAUGACUGUAGGAACGGCAGCAGUGUUUGGGCUGGUGGUGCCUUUGCUUGAGCUUGUUUACGGAAAGGCCAAGGUGGUGGUCACAUACACGUUGGUGCUGGAGAUGCAAGUGAUCAUGUAUGUCGUGGCCACCGCCUUUUGCACGGUUGGGAUGAUCGCCAAUAAGGACUUUCAGGCUAUUCCGAUAGAGGCCAGAGAGUUUGGAUUGGGAGAGUUUAAAUACUAUCUGACAGUGGUGGCAAGUGGUGUAAUGUGGCAGCUUUUCUUUAUAGGAAGUGCUGGUUUCAUCUUUUGCACUUCCUCCAUGUUUACUGGUGUUUUUGUAGCUCUGCAAAUCCCAUUGAGCGAGUUAUUGGUGGUCAUCUUCUUCCAUGAAAAGUUUACUGGUGAGAAAGGUAUGGCUCUUGUUUUAUCAAUGUGGGGUUUUGUCUCUUACUUUUAUGGGGAGCACCUCAAUGCAAGGAAGAAGAAGGGGCCUGAUAUGGAUACAGCGAUAAACCAAUUGUAAUAUCUAUUUUAUAUAUUAUCAGUUUAUUGAAGGGAUAUUCAUGCUUGGUGAAAUCCAGUAGUCCAGCUGGUUGGAGGUCUUUUUCUCUUAAAUUCUACUAGUAAAUGAA